ACGCGCGCCGCCGCUUCCGCCCCCCCACAGGGAAGCCGGAGAGUAGUCAUGGCGAGUUCGGCUGCCUCCUCGGUGCGACCGCCCAGGCCCAAGAAAGAGCCGCAGACGCUCGUCAUCCCCAAGAAUGCGGCUGAGGAGCAGAAGCUCAAGCUGGAACGGCUCAUGAAGAACCCGGACAAAGCAGUUCCAAUUCCAGAAAAAAUGAGUGAAUGGGCACCUCGACCUCCCCCGGAAUUUGUCCGAGAUGUGAUGGGUUCAAGUGCUGGGGCCGGCAGCGGAGAGUUCCAUGUGUACAGGCAUCUGCGCCGGAGAGAGUACCAGCGGCAGGACUACAUGGAUGCCAUGGCUGAGAAGCAAAAACUGGAUGCAGAGUUUCAGAAAAGACUGGAAAGGAAUAAGAUUGCUGCAGAGGAGCAGACUGCAAAGCGCCGGAAAAAGCGCCAGAAGUUAAAAGAGAAGAAAUUAUUGGCAAAGAAGAUGAAACUUGAACAGAAGAAACAAAAAGAAGGAUCCAGUCAGUCCCAGGAGCAGCUGUCCAGUAGCUCGGAGGAGGCAUCUGGAACGGAGGAGGAGGAGGAGGAGGAGGCGGCGGCUGAGCCCAGCUUCAUCAUGGGGCGAUGAGGAUGUUGUCUGCAGCAGCUGUUGAGGCCUGUGACCAGGACCUCAGAAAAUCAUCCUCCACGGGCCGCAAGGGGAAGGGAGCCUCUGUUUUCAGCUCACUUUCCUUCCCAAAGCUGUGCUUGCAGAAGCAAGUAGGCCCCCACCCCCAGGGCUCAUCGUUUCCUGUCGGCAGGACUCGGCCCGGCCCGUGGGAGAGAGGACUGUCUCCUGACACUGCCAAGGGCCUGGCCAGGGUCACGGACGUUUCCACUAAAGGGGAAGCUGUCUUGCCUGUUCCUCCAGUGCCUGUUCUCAUGUAACUGAACAGUGAUGAGUUUGGGGCUGGUUUCUGUGAAAGGAAUGCUUUAGUAAAAAACAGAAAAACUUCA